AUGCCUUGCAAUUUUGCCGUUGAGUUUCCUCGCUUUGUUGGCAUGCCAUUCUUGCCUCAAGUCCGCCCCACAUGUCUGAUCUUCCCACUCGACAAGCUGUACCCACCGGUACUCAGCAGCAGGUCUCAGGACACGUCCGUGACAGCGCAUGACACAGCCAAUUCUAGUGCCAUUCCUCCGACCUCUUCAUUUUCACCUGGAAAACCACGCUGUGACAAUCACAAUCGCUCUGAUGCUAUCUCUGUGACAACCACCCCAAGAAAGUCUCCCCAGCUGGCCGUGGCAGGUCCUUAUGACUUGGAGAGUCCACAAUUACCACCCACCAUCAAAAACAAGCUGCUUGCCCAACCUCCUGUCAGUCUAAUGACAUUGUUCAAAUCAAAUGUUCCUCGCCCCGACCACAUUCAACCUCCUGCAAAAGGCGUCACUCCGGAGGGUUACUAUGUUGUCUGGGUUGGUCAAGAAGUGGGGAUCUUCUACACCUGGUGA